GUGAACCUGCUGUGGCCGCAAUGGGACAAGCGCAGAGAAAUUACAGUCUGUUCUGGAAUUGGGACUAAAUUAUACCCAAAAGGACAGGGAUCGAGGAGGGAGCCUGGUUGGGUUAUCGGACAUUCCAUGAUUAGAAUUCAAAUAGGUUUUUAUUAGUUGAUCUACAAGAAGAUCGGGAUCCAAACGGAGAGGGGAAAGUUGACCUGGUUGCCUUUGAAUGUUGCGCGGUGUUCAUUAUAAUAACCGACGAUGAAAUAACUGUACAUUGAAAUGUUACCACUACUGGACCUUGCAAUUGAUCGUAACAAUAAAAGAGAAGGGAACCAACUGGGAAGAUAACGGAAUUACCACUCAAACCACGUGCGCACGCAUAUAGGGCAGUCCAAUAAACUGUCUUGAGGGGACAAGUCAAAAAGACGGUCUUGCCUUACAUUGUUCAAAAGUGUGGUGAACCUCUAUUUUUUUUAAAUAGAAUAUAUUGGGUAUAUGCUACAACAGGCGUUUUGCAAUGAUACUACGUCCAAUUGUUUCAUUUUAAGCUAACCGUUUCACUUGCCCUAUUGCCUUUUGCAUUCCAUGUCCAAAAUGUUCGUCGACUUCGGGUACGGACAGCAAUAUUUAUUCUUAUCCCUCAUAUAAUCCCUGUGCAUAGAGUUGUUAUAGGAUUGCACGCCGGCUGUGUGUCUGUUGUAAGUGAAGACCUUCAGCAACUUAUUCUAGAUGGGUUAUUUAUUAUGUACAUGCACCUCAUGAGGUGUGCACCUCAUUUAGUCGUAACGUAUUUUUGAUGUGACAUUGUUAUAAUUGUCGUAACACUGGGGUCAGUGAAAGGGGGCUUAUUACUGUGGCAUUAAGUGUUAAUCGUUUAUUGUUACAUAAUUAAGACGUUGCUCAAUGCAAGCCGUUGCUGGCUGCAGACCUCUUAUCCACACAAAAACAUUUUUGGGGGACUAAAAACCUUUCACCAGUGACCGAACUGGUGGUUUAUGGACAACAGAAUGCGUAUCCGAGGGAAAUUUGAUUUUACGCACACUCAGGAGGAUAAUGAAAGUGGAAAUGAAUAGGCUCACAGAUGAGAGGCGCUGAGCUCCGCCAAUAUGACGUCGAAAUGUUACGUUAGCAGUUUUUGUAAAUUAUGCGUCACAAUUAGCUAUUUCGUCUGCUUUAUUAGAUCACAAAGUAGGCCUAAAUGUGAAUAUUUUCUGGUGUACAUCUCCGAUGGUCGCAAGUUGCCAGUGAUCGCGGGCGACCUCAAGCUUCUUGUGGGGGUGAAACAGAUCAUACAGCACAGACAUCUGAAUAGGCACUUCUAUUGAUGGAGGAAGCUUCAAGACACGGAAAAGAAAGUUGCAUCGGCCCUUUUUUUGGUGAUGUGAGCGGAUCGCUAACGAAAAGCAGCAGUUCUAUUAUUGUGUAAAACUACAUUUUUCCUCAUAGUGUUGGAAUACAGAACUGGUUGCAAAAUGCAUGGCUUUUAUGAACAUGUCAGCAAAGUGAUAGUCUAGUCAUUCUCAACGGAGAACAGUGGAGUGGCCAUUUGCCAGUGCCACCCUUUUUCGUUUUUUUUUGUAUUUUUUAACUAUUGAAAAUAUGGAUACAAUUGUGAAUUAGUUGCUGUUUCCAUGCGUCUUUCUCCUCCAGAUCUCAGGACGUUGUUGUGGACUGUGUUGCUAUUUAAUGCAAUGGGCUGUAUCCAGAGUAUCAGGUGUAAGCCCAAGUGUUUCCGUGAAAGUAUCAUCGUUCUCGAGGUGAACUCCUCCAUCGACUCCAAUCCAACCAGCAUCGACGAGUCAUCCAACGUGGUUCUGCGCUAUCGAACACCGCACUUCCGAGCCUCUGCUCGAGUAUUAGUGCCGCAGGUGGCCGGUAAAGAGACGUGGACUGUUGGCUGGAUUCAAGCAUGCAACCACAUGGAGUUCUACAACAAAUAUGGAACCAAAGGGAUGUCGAGCUGGGAACUCCCUGACCUGCGGGAUGGCAAGAUCCAGGCCAUCAGCGACUCGGAUGGCGUCAACUACCCUUGGUAUGGCAACACCACGGAAACGUGCACCAUUGUGGGCCCCACCAAGAAGGACACCAAGUUCACGGUCAGCAUGAACGACAACUUCUACCCCAGCGUUACGUGGGGAGUUCCUGUGAGCGACAGCAACAUGCCGCAGCUCAGCAGCAUCCGCCGCGACCAGAGCUUCACCACCUGGCUGGUGGCCAUCAAUCAGGCCACGUCCGAGACCCUGGUGCUGCAGACCAUCCGCUGGAGGAUGCAGCUCCACAUCGAGGUGGACCCUGACAAGCCUCUGGGCCAGAGGGCCACGCUGCGUGAGCCCGUGGCCCAGGAGCAGCCCCACAUCCUGGGCAAGAAUGAACCUAUCCCCCCCAACGCCAUGGUCAAGCCCAAUGCCAACGACGCUCAGGUGCUCAUGUGGCGGCCAAAGACCGGGGAAGCCGUCGUGGUCAUCCCACCCAAAUACUGACUGACCUCUGGAGGUUAUAAACGCUCUUUCUCUUCUCCCACUACCUAAACCUCACUUUUCCUUUCUUCUCUUUUUUAUCUACUUUCCUUUUCCUUUCUUCUCCUUUUAACCUUCCCUCAAGCUCCUUGCCUCUAUUUGCCUCUACGUUUCCAAUCUCUUCUCUCGCUUUUUGUAAAAAUUGAGCGAGAGAGGGAGAGAAAGUGAAACAAGGACAAGAGCAGCUUGGAGAAAGAGGACACUCGUUGCCUAUAAGUGGGAGCUGGAGCAGACUUUAAAAACAGGAAUGAACAAACUGCAACCAUUCUACCUUCAAUUGGGGUCGGUUUUCACUGUGCUAGAUGAAGUCAUUGCAAAAAAAUACCCACAGAAACUUUGCAUUUUUUGUUGCAUUUUGGGGAUUGUAAUUGGGGAGGGUUGGGGAGUGUCUGUUGGUGGAACAAAUAACAUAGUAUUCAUGUUCGUGUUUAUGUACAUGGUACAUGCACAAAGUUGUGUUUUUAUUUAUGGUCUUGGAGAGAGUGCACUUUUUGUGAAUAAGCACUCUUCUGUGCUCUACAUGAGGGAUAGUGAAUAGGAACCACAUCUGGGAGUCGUGUAGUUUUAGUAUUAUUAUAAUUUUUUUAAACAUGCGAGACAUUCAAUCCAUGCUGCCUUAAGUUUACAUCGCUUUUAACUUUGAGCCUUUAAUCAUGUGCAGUGCAAUAUUCCUUGACAUGUCUUGUCUCUUCUUCCAUCCAGAUGGUUGGUGCUGUUGUGUGUGGGUUUAAGGAAUGGAACAGUGACAACAGAGUGCAAAUGAUUAGACCCCUGUUUUUAUGGGUCUAAUAGGGAACACACGGCAUUUAAAUAGUUGAAAUAUAUGACCUUUUCAUGUGGUAUGUACACAACCAGUCACGGUGGUUUCAUCUGAUUGUCAAACAAAUCUCUUCAAAAAGUAGGCUACCUGCACAUGUUCGUCCACACCAAAAUAAUUCCAGCAUCCCAAACACUCAUUUGAUAUAUGGAAAGAGGCAUCUGUUACAAAACACCAAAAAGUGUCAUGACAUUCAGCAAUUGUCAUUUUUGUAGAAAUAUUUACCAAUGUAGCGGGACAAAUAGUAUUUUAAACAAAUAGGAGAAUGGUUCAAUUAGCAUUAUUUACGGGGUUACAGAGAACCAAAUUGGGUCCUAAUACUGCUAGAACUCUUUACUCCCACAGAACAUACAGAGAAAAUGAAUUCAAACAAACCCUUUCACAAUGCCAGUAUGCUCAUCUCAUCAAUGCAAACGCACAUGUUAUGUUUGGCAGUGUAAAAGAUUGUCUGACAACAUUCAAACCCAUUGAGACCCAUUCAGCUGACAUUCAGAGAGACAGCAAGGGUUGUCAACAACCUCCCUUUACAGAGAGAAUACUGUCUUUCAUCAUGUUAUCUUUUAUUUGAUUUAUCACCACUCCCUCCAUUUCAGGGCCCCUGCCACUGUAAAGUGUUUGUCACACACACCUCCCUCGCCCCAUCCAUCCAUCCAUCCAUCCAUCCAUCCAUCCAUCCAUCCAUCCAUCCAUCCAUCCCUCUGCCUUUCUUCUCCUCUCUACAGCUGUCAGAAGAGAGGGGUAAGCUAGCACCUAAUCAAUAUCGGAAUUAAUAAGCAAUCGCAGCAAGCAGUAGCCAGGUGAAAUGACUGUGUUUCAAAUCUAGGGGCAAUAAGAAAGCAGUCCUCCAUGCAAUGCUAUUGGAGAUAAAUAAUCUUGGCUUUCGGGUCCCUGUAUGUGGGGUGGCUCUGCAGAGGUUAACUGGAUGUAUCCCACUUCCCUCCCUCUCUAUUCUCUCUCCUUGUCCUCUCCGCUCCCCUCACCCUCUCUCCACUUCUGAUGUUCGUCCCCAUUUACCCUGUCCCCACUUCCCUCCCUCUCUAUUCUCUCUCCUUGUCCUCUCCGCUCCCCUCACCCUCUCUCCACUUCUGAUGUUCGUCCCCAUUUACCCUGUCCCCACUUUCUCCUCUCUCUGCUCCCCUCGAUCCAUCUCUCUAUUUCCUCCAUCCCUCCUCUCUUCACCCUCUCCUCUGUCUUCCUUGUGUGGAGGAAGGGCAGGCAGGCUCAGCCUGGCAUAUAGAAGACCCACUUGAGGGGUAGCCACCGGUGUAGAAAUGUGGUGCUUUUUUCCCCUCCUCUCCCAGGGAUAACGCACAGAGCCCCGGCUAGCUAAAUACCUCCAUAAAUGGGACAAUGUCUAGUCAUUCAUUUAUCUGUGGGAACGGCAGCUUUACCCCGGGCUGAAAUCUCUCUCAUGGAGGAGGGAGGGGGGGGGGGUGUGGUAGAGGGAUGACUGUGGGGCAGAAUUUGGCAUCAGGCUUUUUUAUCUUCUUAUAACAUCAUCAACGACAACAACGAGCUAAGAAAAAAGGAACAGGGACCGAUGUUUGUGUUUUGUAACACCCGGGUCAAGCUGCCAUUUUGAAGUGGUUGAGAAAACAGCAUCUCUACUUUUGCCACUGAUGGUAUUGUUUUAGUAUAGAUGCUAUGCCAUUGUGGUUGUGAUAUUUUUUGGAGGCAAAGCUUUCUUGGUAGAGUAAUAUUACCAUCAAAUGCCACCAACAACUGGCCAAAAAUGUGUUGAGUCACCAUUGUUUCCUUCGUUAUUUUAGCCUACCUCGUGGUUUGGUUUAUUUAAAAUUACUCAAAUCUGUUGACGUCUCAACCAAAUAUCGACCUUAAUUUGACAUCUUUGCCCGAUGAGAAAAGACAGAGCAGCCAAGUGUGUAGCAGCUGAACAUAAUUAAAAAAGAGACAGGGUUAGGAAACUAGAUAGACUGAUAGCCUCGCCAAGUGAGAUCUUCAGUAUGAUAGCUAUGAUACAGUAUGUAUACUGCAGCUCUCUCUUGUUAUAAUUACAUUUUGGACCCGCAUAAUAGCCUAAUCAGAUGGCCCUCGUUGCCCUUCGUCAGCUCUGUGAGAUAGCCCCUGCUCUGGACUCAAUCAUCUGGGCUGAGGGAGGAGGGGACUGGUGGGUGGAAGUGCUGCCAUUAUUAUAUCUGCUGUGAAAUACCGAGCCCCCUUCAGAUACACUGUGUUUGGCUGUGCCAAGGGUGGCUGGAGUGAUAUAUGAUGGGCUCUUAGGGCUAGAGGGCAAAGGUCAGUGUUAGAAGGGGUGGGGCACACACACAGUUGUCAUAAGACAGCAGGGACAGAGGCCCCCGGGGACGGUCUCUCCUUGCAUCCUAUCGGAUCGUCACAACAUCACACUGGGACUGAGUGUGAACAGCGAUUAUUGGCCUCCAGCAAAACACACACACGAGAGGGAGGUCACAGAGGAGACGAUUGCCUCAAUGUGUCUCUGAGUCUGACCGUGUUGUUAUGUGCUAUUGAUGAGGCCAUCUCAUAAUGUACAAGUGCUUCCUGGAAACACACCUCUAACCGAGUUCUGUUUUUAAAAAUUGACAUUUACGUAAACGUUCUUAUGAGAUUACGAUGCCAUCAUUGAAUGAGUGAAAUUUAUUGACUUCAUGUUUCUCCUUCUGGGGUUGUGCCACUGGGUAGAACCUUCCUUUCCUAAACCCACAACUCCUAGUUGAAGGCUACCACCUUUUCUAUGGAUCUUUAUGUAAAAGAGUCCUGUAAACAGUCCAGCAACUCUUCAGAGACCAGCAGAAAAGAUGUAGCUUUAGUUCAACCAAUAACAGGCCCAAGCUCACUCUCAGGAUUGCCCAUCAUUAUUUCCUAUCCUUUGCUAUUGGCUUACCCCAUGUAAAAAAAAGAGUUGAUUGGAUAUUCCAUUUGUCUGUCCAUCUUACCCUUCACUCCCUUCACCUCUGACUAAGUUUUCAGUAGAGUAGCCCCAUGGCUAACUGUAGCAGAUUAUACACAAUAGGCUAUGUAUUUCUAAUUUCUUUGGGUUUGUUGGUUUCUCUUCUGAAAAAUGCUCUAAUAUAUUUCACAGCACUGAAACAAAAAUACAAUAUUUUCUUGUUGUGCUUUGUCAUUGACACUGAUACUCGAUACUUGAAAAUGGAACAGUACUGGCAAAUAUUUAAAACCGUGAAUAUGCACAAUGAUUUAAAACAUGACUGAAAAUUAAGAGUGGUAUUUUUCAUGAAUUAAAAAAAAUUGCAAAUGUUAUUUGUUCCCUGGCAUCUGUCUCCUAAAGUGUUGUGAUGGGAGAAUAUGCACCCUGUGACAUGGUGAUUCUAUCUACAAAAGCACCGUGCCAAGAUGCUUCACACACAACACCCUAGCUUUUAUCAACUCUGAUACCAUGUCAUACAUUAUGAAGGAAAAGAGUUGGUGACACUUAUUUGAAAGUCUGCUUAUAAACUAUUUCUUAACCAUAAUCAAUAGUCAAAUAUCCAUUAGUCAACUUUGGAAUACAUAAUAUACCAUCUAUUAACAUUAGUAAAUACAGUCAUUUUCUUGUUAUUUUUUCACUAAGGCAGACUUGGUUUAGAGUUUGAGAGUAUUAAUUAAACUGCCUAUUGAAGACCAGAGGCAUACGUCCUUCCCCUCUGCUCUGGCCCUGCUAAGAUGAAUUUCCCGGCUUUGAUCAGAAUGACAGAGCUUUAAUGGGCAAUUACCACUGUAUGUAUUUGACUAAUUAGGCUAUUCACCCCAAUCUAGUGUUAUACUUGUUAACCUUUUGACGCAUAUGAUCAUGUAUUUGUGAUCAUUGUUGAGUGGUUCCUGCAGCGAACGAUCUCAAAUAUGUGAUUGGAACAGUAGCAACAUAACGUAUGACGCAACAAACGCGGCUAAAUAGCAUUGAUUUCUAAACAUCAUCUAAAUAUUAUUUUUUGUACUGAUGGAAAAUAAAGGUCUUCAACUGUAUUACUCAAUUUGACCUUUUAUUGUAAAAGAUAAAAGCGAACUUCAUCAUCCAAGCAUCACACGGAACACAUCCACAGCCAAACUCAUUCCAUAACACAGUCUAAAUAGUUUAGCCACUUAGUUUAGCCACUUUUCAGCAUAUUACAAAUUGUCAAUGUACUUGUUACAGUGUAUACAAGAUCAGGAGCACGUGACUUGACAAGUUGUU